CAACAUCCUAAUCGGUAAGUCCUGUUCCAUGGCAAAACGGGACAACUUGUCAAUCAACAUGGAACAGUACCCAGAAAAUCACGACCAGCUCAUGAACUGUGUAACUGCGCCAAGCGUGACCCUUCAGAGAAAGGGGCUUCCAUGCCGAAGGUCAAAUUGUGGCCGUUGUUCAGUGUCAAGCGAAAUCCUAGCAACCAAGCCACGUCAGCACAGCAGCAAAAACAGUUUCAGCAGCAGUCGUAUACUAAACAUCAACAACAGUGGUGCAUAUGCAUUAAACUACGAGAGUAAACAAGUUGACUGCGUAAUGUGGCAUCAAAGUCUGCAAGGAGAAACCAUGCAAUUGAGGAAGCCAAGAAACCAUGUGAUAAUUUCAAACAGCUUACCUACUCUUGAAACCCGGAUAGCAAAGCAUUGAGAUUGUUCUGGAAGCAUUUGUAGUCACAGCUCAUUAAGCAUCCCUCUGAAGCAGGAUCCUCAGUCUACGGACGCCAAUUGACGAAAUAAAACUUGUCAUUCAGCAACACAGCCAGUUGCAGCAGUUGUUACCAUAUUGACCCCAGUCAAAACUAGGGGCUCAGAGAUAACACAGCAAGUUGCAGCAGUUGUUACCAUAUGGACCCCAGUCAAAACAAGGAGCUCAGAGAUAAAUACUGUUUAAGAUAGAUAUUCUCUACAUUCCUCAUGGUCAGCCAACACAGCCAGUUGCAGCAGUUGUUACCGUAUGACCCCCGUCAAAACUAGGAGCUCAGAGACAGUUGUUACCGUAUGACCCCCAGUCAAAACUAAGAGCUCAGAGACAAUCAGCAACACAGCAAGUUGCAGCAGUUGUUACCAUAUUGACCCCAGUCAAAACUAAGAGCUCAGAGACAAUCAGCAACACAGCCAGUUGCAGCAGUUGUUACCGUAUUGACCCCAGUCAAAACUAGGAGCUCAGAGACAAUCAGCAACACAGCAAGUUGCAGCAGUUGUUACCAUAUUGACCCCAGUCAAAACUAAGAGCUCAGAGACAAUCAGCAACACAGCCAGUUGCAGCAGUUGUUACCAUAUUGACCCCAGUCAAAACAAGGAGCUCAGAGACAAUCAGCAACACAGCCAGUUGCAGCAGUUGUUACCAUAGUGACCCCAGUUACAACUAGGAACUCAGAGACAAUCAGCAACACAGCCAGCUGCAGCAGUUGUUACCAAAUUGACCCCAGUUACAACUAGGAGCUCAGAGACAAUCAGCAACACAGCCAGUUGCAGCAGUUGUUACCGUAUGACCCCAGUCAAAACUAGGAGCUCAGAGAUAAAUACUGUUUAAGAUAGAUAUUCUCUACAUUCCUCAUGGUAUGUUAAGCACAAACUCUGACAGAUCUCAUCUUUGAACUCUGUAACGGGCGAAAAAUAAAUGACCUUGUUCAGAAUGAAAUGGCAGAAUGACAAAGCACAACAAUUUAAGGGGAAACCAUAAAUUAAUGUGACCAGCAAAGAUGUGUUCAAAGCAAAACAAUAUGUCAUGUCUUUGGGGACUUUGAAUUUUGAUGGUGUCAUUCAUUAAACAUUGAAUAUUUUUGUUAAAUAUAGUUAAAUAUAAUGAUAUAAAGGAUAUUUGAUUAAGGCGUGUAUGUUAAUUAUUACUUUAAGCACAAAUAUAGCACGUCUAUCAAUUACUUAUGAAACUUGCACCUGAUAAUGAUAAAUGCAUGAAAAUUAAAGUGUACUUAAGACAUUAUUUCAUACGUUGAGCUUGAGAAAAUUGAAAGCUGUUUAAAUUAUGCUGGUAACAUUAUAUACAAAAUAUGUAUUGGAUUAUAUUCAUGUAAAAAACAAGUUUCAGUUUUCUGUUGUUACAUGCAAUAUAGAAGUAUUAUCAAGAAUCGUGUUAAGUAUGGCAGUAUUCGAAAUGAAUAUUCAUUAAAUAAAGACAAAAUCAUUUAAUCUUCUUUCAAUUGUCAAUUCUGUAUUUACUACUACUACCGUAUUUAUUUGACUUGAUAUGGUUUGUUAAAUUAUAAGAUAAUGCCUCUUUCUUUGUUUGUAAAGCUUUCAACGUUUUGAAACUGAAUAUUUAAAAAUAAAUUAUUAAAAGAAUUAUGAUAAAAUCAUGACUGAUGUCCAAAGUUAUGUUUUCUUCAGCCAAUUUUGUGUUGUUAUAUAAUGUACAUGUACUUACAGGCUCAUAAGUUUUGACAUUUGUUUUCAAACAUUUUUUUUUAUGUUUUAUAUUGUGUAUAUACACAAGUCCAGAUUUUCAUCCUCUUAAUCACUUAGUAACUUUCCCAACAAUAAAUGUUGGAUCUCUGUAUAUAGGUAAAUUGUGCAAUUGAUAUAUAGAGCAACUGCAAAAAAUCAGUCAGUUACAAAUCAAGGCAGAGUGAUGUAAUAUGCUGGCGAUUGUUAAGAAGUGCAGUUGUCUCUUUUUGUUCUCAGGUUAGAGCAAUGUUGUUUGCUUAAAAAAUAAAAACAAUGUCUCCCUUGUAAGAA